GAGAGGUCCGACGGUGCGCACACAAAUGUGUUAACACGUGUUAGAACACUCUUUUCGUCCAAUUUCAGCAGACGCACCUUCUCUAUUUCAACCCCCUACAAAAUCUCUCCUCUGAAAGAAAAUCUUGACCCGACUUCUGAAAAAUCAGAGAAUUUUUACUACUUAGUACAGAAUUCAAGAAGGGGCCUAUAAAUCUUGGAAUUCAGGGCAAAAAUGGUUGCUGGGAAGUCCCCAGACUGGCUUCCUCCUGGCUUUACUGAGAAGGUCAAAUACAAGAAUGGGAGGAAAAUUAAGUACUACUAUAAUGUUGCAACUGGUGCCAAAUAUCAUUCCAAAAAGGAAGUCCUAAGUUGUGCUACAGCAGAGAAUGGCCUCCUUGGUACACCUGAAACAACAAAGGUUAACAACAGUGGGCUCUCUUCAAAUAAGGAAGUUGAUACUCAGAUAUUAGAUAAAACAAAUGAUUCUCCUGGGUGGUUGCCCAGUGGAUGGACAAUGGAGGAAAAAACACGACAGAGCGGAUCCCGCAAGGGAUCAGUUUACAAGGUAUAUACUGAUUUAUCAUCCGGAAGCAGGUUUUAUUCACGGGCAGCUGUGACUCGAUAUCUGAAUACUGUAGAUCAUUCUAACACCGUGACUGUACAAAAUAAACUUGACAAUGUUGAUGAGCCCGUUCAGAACGUGUCUCCACAAGGCAUAUCCAUGACAAGUACAGAUCACAUUCCUGAAAAGAACAACGGCUCUUUCAAGAGGCUUGACAAUGUGGAUGAGCCCUCUCCAGACAUGUUCCGGGAAGGCAUAUCCAUGACAAAUACAGAUCACGUUCCUGAAAAGAAAAAGAAGAGCAACUCAUUCGAGACGGUGGCUGUUGAGAGCUCAGCAGCUGAUGACCUGCCACCAGGCUGGAUAAAAGAAAUCAUUACAAGUAAAUCUGGGAACAGAAUUAGAAAGGAUCCGUAUUACACAGAUCCAGUUAGUGGUUACGUAUUCCGUUCCAAAAUGGAUGCCUUGCGGUAUCUAAAAACCAACGAUAUUGGUAGCUGUGCUUGCAGACCAAAGAAAAGAGAGUUGGAAGAUCUCAAGUUGAUUAAGAAUAAAGUCACAUCUACUGUUCCAGCUAGUGAGCAGUUGUCUGAGCAGAAGAGACAGCUUUUUCCUGAAUUAUAUGGCGGUGGUGAAAAUUCUGGUGCUGAAAUUCCAGCAGAAUCAGAGGCCAAGAUCUUGAAACAAAUGCAAGAUAACUCAAAUUCCAAUGCUGAAACGGACAAGAAUCCUGAACCAGCAAAUGAAGUCCCUAAACCAGAUGCUGGAGUUAUGGCUGUAGAUGUAGCUAUCUCCUCCACAGUAACUGAUCCCUUGUCCAAUCAGAAGAUUUUAGAAAGCGGGACAGAAAACCAAACUGAUAUAACUCCAGUGAAAUCUAGAACAUCGAAGAAAAGAAAGGAUACAAGCUUGCCACAACGGGCUUCAAGAAGACUUGCAGGGUCUGAACCGGAGGUGCAGCCUAACUCGGUCUUGAAUGAACGUUCUCUUAGGGCUGCGGCUAAGAGAUCCUCCAGCAGUGAAGUCAAUACGUUUUCCAGUCCGUCCGUCAAGGCUUCAGCUAGAAUUCCUCUGCCAUCUGAUGUUGAGCCAGCAAAAGAAGAAACUCUUCCUGUAGUCGAGUCAUCGGACAAAGCUGAAAAGCCUCCUACAGAGGACCAGGCUAUUCCAGAUGAGCAAGCAGGUACACAGGCUAGUGAGAAGCAACAGGAUGACGGCAAACGACCACAAGAGUCGCAGCUUUGCUAUGACUUUGGGGACUCUUGGUCCGAUCCAUUAGAGUUUGCCUUGAAGACUCUCAGGGGGGAAAUACCAAUAGACGAUACUCUCUCGUUCGCUGGUUGCUUCGGUGAGCAGGUUGGCAUUCCUUACAAUAAGGCAGAUGGAUGCUUAAAAGCAUCACAAUGUGACGAGCCCAUCAUUUUCCAAAAUGCGUUUGGCGACCAUUCUGAAUCAUCAAAGCAACAGGGGGCCGUUAAUGAUCUGCCAGCUAAUCCAUCAUCGUUCUCUCCCCUGGGUAAUAUCAGCUUCCCGACUUGUAACGGCUUCAACAGUCAAUCCAGCACAGGGGCUGUGAAAAAGGAUAGCCAGACGACAUUUAAUCCUUAGAAAGCAAAGCAGAAUCCUAAGCUGAACAAAAGGUUAGUUUGCCAAAGAGAUGCUAAAUUAUGUUAGGUCUAAAUAGAAUCACAAUUGUGAAUGGAUUUCUGGAACCAGUGUGUGUGCCUUUAGCUUCUUGUUCUUGACAUAGACAUUAUUGCUGCCUUUCUUGCAACCUUUGAGGCAUUGAAGAAAAAGGUUUGUGCUCGAUGAUGGAGGAUUAUUGGAGGAAUCUUUAGAUGUAGCUUCAGGACCAGAAUCUUUGUCUCCAUCAAUGCAUACAUGCAAACUCUGAAACUGCCCUUCCAUGUAAAAACUAUGUUAUGUUCUGUCAAUCCUCUGAUAGUACUACACCUUUUGACAUGUUAUCAUGCCGACCAACUGUUGCCAUUUGUAUGUUGCGGUAUGAAAGAGCAAUACAUGUAGUUUGCCCAGCCUAGCAUGAAAUCCUGGGCUUCGGUUAUUAAUGUUAAACAACAGUGAUUUGACUUUACAAAAGCUGUCUGUAUGCCUACAUUGGCUACACCCAUGUCCUGUUUGGUUUUAAUGUUUCUAGAAGUUGAUUUUUGGAAGAACUCAGCUGCAACCUGGAGUUGCCGAAGCUGCAGCUCUUAGAUUACGUGAUCUGUACAUCCGAGCGUUUUGAGGAUCAACUUUUCCAGUAAUAUUCA